ACCAGAUGUGUUGGUGACAGGUUGCUACUCAGAGGUGCGGACAGGAGCUGAGCGCUGCUGCUGUCGGAGCAGACGCGGCGUUCCCGGGUUGUGCUCAGCCCCUGCAGCUGCCAUCGGCUGGAGAAGUCCAGCGCACCGCCUAGGCAAGCCAGCUGACGCCGGGGGCACAGACCACCCUCCACUGAGUGCGGAGCAGCCAAACCCUGUAUCUAGGUCGUUUGGGAAACGCCUUGGAGAGUCAAGAAUAAAAUUGCAGGUCAAACAAUGGAUGACUGGAAAAGUCGGCUUGUAAUCAAGAGCAUGCUUCCCCAUUUCGCCAUGGUGGGAAAUCGUCAGGAGCCCAGAAAGCUCCAGGAAUCGGGAAAGAAGCCCUCGUGGAUGGAGGAAGAAGAUUUAUCUUUUCUCUACAAGAGCAGCCCAGGAAGAAAGCAUCAGGGAACUGUUAAGAGGAGACAAGAAGAAGACCACUUCCAGUUUCCAGACAUGGCUGAUGGGGGCUACCCUAAUAAAAUUAAGAGGCCUUGCCUUGAAGAUGUCACCCUUGCGAUGGGCCCAGGCGCUCAUCCUAGUACUGCCUGUGCAGAACUGCAGGUCCCUCCAUUGACGAUGAAUCCUAGCCCUGCGGCUAUGGGAGUGGCUGGCCAGUCGUUACUGCUGGAGAAUAACCCUAUGAAUGGCAACAUCAUGGGCUCACCAUUUGUGGUACCACAGACUACAGAAGUGGGACUGAAAGGGCCCACUGUUCCUUACUAUGAGAAAAUCAACAGCGUGCCGGCUGUAGACCAGGAGCUUCAAGAGCUGCUAGAGGAGCUCACCAAAAUUCAAGACCCUUCUCCAAAUGAGCUAGAUCUUGAGAAGAUACUGGGGACGAAGCCAGAAGAGCCACUGGUUUUAGAUCAUCCCCAGGCAACCCUAAGCACAACUCCCAAGCCUUCGGUUCAGAUGUCACACUUGGAGAGCCUGGCUUCCAACAAGGAGUUUGCUUCUAGUUGCAGCCAAGUUACUGGCAUGUCACUUCAGAUCCCGUCCUCCUCCACAGGGAUCAGCUAUUCGAUUCCUUCCACCAGUAAGCAGAUAGUGUCACCGAGUUCUUCAAUGGCACAGUCCAAGAGCCAGGUCCAGGCCAUGCUCCCUGUCGCUCUGCCCCCCUUACCAGUGCCUCAGUGGCAUCACGCCCACCAGCUGAAGGCAUUGGCAGCCAGCAAGCAGGGGUCUGCUACAAAGCAGCAAGGGCCCACCCCCAGUUGGUCUGGUCUGCCUCCUCCAGGACUCUCUCCACCUUACCGCCCGGUGCCAUCACCACACCCACCACCGCUGCCGCUGCCACCACCACCCCCAUUCAGCCCCCAGAGCCUCAUGGUGUCCUGCAUGUCGGGCAGCACUCUCCGAGGCUCUCCCAAUGCCUUACUGUCAAGCAUGACGUCCAGCAGCAAUGCUGCCCUGGGGCCCGCCAUGCCCUAUGCUCCUGAGAAGCUCCCCAGCCCUGCUCUCACUCAACAGCCGCAGUUCGGCCCUCAGAGCUCCAUUCUUGCCAAUCUCAUGUCCUCUACCAUCAAAGCCCCUCAAGGACACCUGAUGUCUGCUCUGCCUGCCAGCAACCCUGGGCCGUCCCCACCCUAUCGCCCAGAGAAGCUCUCCAGCCCAGGCUUGCCACAGCAGUCCUUCACCCCACAGUGCUCCCUGAUCCGAAGCCUCACUCCCACCAGUAAUCUUCUAAGCCAGCAGCAGCAGCAGCAGCAGCAGCAGCAGCAGCAGCAGCAGCAGCAGCAGCAAGCAAAUGCGAUCUUUAAGCCCAUGAGCAGCAACUCAUCCAAAACCCUGAGCAUGAUCAUGCAGCAGGGGAUGGCAAGCUCCAGCCCAGGAGCCACGGAGCCAUUUACUUUUGGCAACACCAAGCCCUUGUCCCAUUUUGUUUCUGAGCCUGGUCCCCAGAAGAUGCCCUCCAUACCUGCCACCUCUAGGCAGCCUUCCCUGCUCCACUAUCUGCAGCAGCCGACACCAACGCAGGCCUCUUCAGCCACUGCCUCCUCCACGGCCACUGCCACCUUGCAGCAGCAGCAGCAGCAACAGCAGCAGCAGCCUGACCAUUCUUCAUUCCUUCUGCAGCAGAUGAUGCAGCAACCCCAGCGUUUUCAGCGAUCAGUGGCCUCAGAUUCCAUGCCUGCUCUGCCCAGACAGCAAGAGGAACAGAGAUCAGGUCUUAUGGCAAUGACCCCUGAACGGCAGAAUGCAUAUAUCUCCCAACAGAUGAGUCCAUUUCAAGCCGUCCAAGAACAAGUCACCUCCAAGUGUAGCCGGAUCAAGGCAAGCCCCCCAUCUAGCAAGCACUUGAUGCCACCCAGAACUGGGCUCCUUCAGAACAAUCAGAGUCCAGGAAUGAUCCCACUUACCAGGCACCAGAGCUGCGAGGGCAUGGGAGUGAUCUCACCAACUCUGGGGAAGCGGCAAGGAAUUUUCACCUCCAGCCCCCAGUUCCCCAUCCUCUCACACUCAGGCCAGACUCCCCUGGGCAGUCUUGGCCCUGUCUGCCAGCAUACACAGAGUCCCAAGGCCACCCCACCAGAAGUGCCCCUGCCUGGGUUCUGUCCCAGCUCCCUGGGCACCCAGUCCUUGAGUCCCCACCAGCUCAGACAGCCUAGUGUGCCAAGAAUGCCCACUGCGUUCAACAAUGCUGCAUGGGUCACGGCGGCAGCAGCUGUGACCACAGCAGUUUCGGGGAAAGCACCCCUCAGCCAAGUGGAUAAUAGCGUUCAGCAGCAUUUUCAUAGCAACUCCGUCUUUGCCAAGGCGCCUGUGAGAGUGCCCCUGGUGGCCCCAGCGUUCCCAUCGCAGCGGGCACUUGCGCCUCCCAAUCAGAUGGCCUCUGAAGGCAGGCCUGGCCAGAAGGUGAGUGCCGCUCUGGCCAACAACCCCAGCUUCAGCCUGCUGGGCAGCCAGAGCCUCAGGCAGAGCCCGGUGCGGGGCCCGGUGCCUGUAGCGAACACCACCAAGUUCCUCCAGCAGGGUAUGGCCAGCUUUAGUCCCCUGAGCCCCAUACAGGCCAUCGAGCCACCAAGCUAUGUGGCUGCUGCUGCCACCGCUGCUGCUGCUUCUGCCGUUGCCGCCAGCCAGUUCCCAGGUCCGUUCGACAGAACGGGUAUUCCCCCUGAGCUGCCACCUGCCGACUUUUUGCGCCAGCCCCAACCCCCACUAAAUGAUCUGAUUUCGUCACCUGGCUGCAAUGAGGUAGAUUUCACUGAAGCUCUCUUGAAAGGCUCCUGUGUGAGCCCAGAUGAAGACUGGGUGUGCAACUUGAGGCUGAUCGAUGACAUUUUGGAACAGCAUGCUGCUGCUCAAAAUGCCACAGCCCAGAAUGCUGGACAAGUCACCCAGGAUGCUGGGGCACUUUAAAUCUGAGCGGGAUGCCCACAGAAACCCCCAUGGUGACAUCACUCUAGGAAGUGGUGUCAAUCCAUACCCGCAGUUGUCUCCCGUUACAAUUUGAGUGGUGUCGUCAGCCCAUGCUUAUCCCUCUCUCUACCUGUGACAAAAUGGAAAGCUGGUGAUUUUUCAAGCUACGUGUACAUAUUUGAAAAUUUUGUAAAUGGUUUUCCUAAACAUUAAUGACAGAAGUAUUUAUACUUCAUUUUGUGACUUUGUAAAUAAAGCGGCGGCUUUUGUUUCAGUAGACUUGUGUUUACUAUGCAUUGUUUCGUGUUUAUUAUACAAUGUUACAAAUACGCAGACUGUGUUGUUUGCUCCAGUGAUACCUUGUUAAGCUAGGUGGCUGAGUCGCUUAUGGUUUUAAUGCAAUGAGCAAUGUGGAUGUGACCAAGAGUUGUUGUGCAAGUUGACAAAUGCCAAAUAGAAAACCACUUGGCCAUUUAUUUCUAUGUUCACUAAAAAUCCUAUUGCCUUGUGUGAUUCUUGAUCUCUUUCGCAAACCUUUCAGUCUCCGCUAGCUCUUUCCUAAUGAGCAUUUACAGCAGAAGCCGUUUUAUCGUUAAGUGCCCCACAGAGACACUCUACCAGGAGGCUGAGAGAGUUCUCCAGAUCUGGGAGAGGCGCAGAGAGAGCGUGUGAGCCGAGCACUGUCUCAGCAAUCCACCUUGAGGAGCUAGAGUAUCCUCCUCCCUUUACCAUUCAGACCGAGAGAAAAAGCCCAGUUUGUGUGCACCCUCGUGGGGUGAAGGCGAGCUGUGCCUGGUUUAAAGCCUUUCAGUAUUUGUUUUGAUGUAAGGCUCUGUGGUUUGGGGGGGCACAUCUGUAAACAUUAAUAGUUGAUUUGGGGUUUGUCUUUGAUGGUUUCUAUCUGCAAUUAUCGUCAUGUAUAUUUAAGUGUCUGUUAUAGAAAACCCACACCCACUGUCCUGUAAACUUUUCUCAGUGUCCAGACUUUGUGUAAUCACAUUUUAAUUGCCACCUCGUAUUUCGCCUCUACAUUUGAAAUCUGGCGUCUGUUUCGAGCCAGUGUGUUUUUUCUUCGUUCUGUAAUAAACAGCCAGGAGAAAAGUG